AACACCACCUCUUCCGGGCACGUCACAUUGGCGGGAAGUGGCUGCGUCGCUGUCUUUCAUAUUAUUAAAUAGAAUUUAUUAAAAUUUAAAGUUUUCAGUGCAAAAAUACAAACCUAAAGCUGACGUGACUGUUUCAUGAGAUGUCGACUUCAUCCGUGUCAAAGGGCUGUUUUGUUUUUAAGCCAACCGCUAAGAAGAGAAGGUCGCUCACUCUCGAGGACUACUUCACGGACGGAUGUGAAGAUGCUGAAAACAGUGACGUGCGAUUUCAACUCUGUCAGCAUCUGUGGGACAGAAUGAAAACAGACACAGAGGUUUUACAGGACGAACUCAACAGGAACGUUCUGGACAGCUUGUUGGAUUUAACCAGGAAGUGCUCGUCCACGCGUCAACACAGUGACUGGGCAUCAAAGAUGAGAGCCAGUGAGAUUCCCACGGCGGCGCUCGUACUCGGUGUAAAUGUCCCAGAUCAUGACAUGACCUUCCAGAGUCUGUCUGAGCUGCUCCAGCAGUCCGUCACUCCUUAUGUGGCUUCUGUGCAGGCCAAAGAGUGUGGAACACUGAAGCACUUGAUGAAGAGAGUGCUGGAGAGGUUAACGGGUGCAGUUGUUGUCCUGGAUGAUGAAGAAGAGGAGGAGGAGGCUGAGCAGCUGCACAAGAGCACACACUGCUCCCUCGGUACACUCUGUGACUGGUACGACGCAAAAACAAAGAAAUCCAGCACUGGUACUCCUGGAAAAAAGCGCACUUCUCCCACCAAAGAUGAGCAACAACAGCCUCCCGUGGUGAUUAUAUUCAAGGACUUGGAGGCUUUUAAUCCAAGAGUUCUUCAAAACUUCAUACUCAUCUGCAGUCUGUACGUCCAGCGUCUCCCAUUGAUGUUCAUCUUCGGCAUCGCCACGUCGCCCAGCACCGUCCAGCACAUGCUGCCGCACUCGGUGUCCUCGCUGCUGUGCAUACAACUCUUUCAGUCUCUGUCCUGCACUCAGCACCUGGCCACCGUUAUAGACAAGUUGAUUCUGACGCACCACUUCCCCUUCAAGCUCAGUGGCAAAGUGAUGCAGGUGCUGAUCAGCAUCUUCCUCUAUCACGACUUCUCCGUGAGGAACUUCAUCAAGGGCAUUCAGUUGGCUCUGCUGGAGCAUUUUCACUCGCAGCCGCUGAGUGUUUUGUGUUGUAAGAAGAAGGAGGCGCGACGCAACUUGAUGCAGCUCAGUCACGCAAACCUGGAGAGAGUCAGAAAGCUGCCGUCAUUCAAGAGGUAUGUUGAGAAACAGGAACAGCAGGAGCAGGUCAACCUGCUGCAGGAUGACGGUCAUUUAAAGGAGGCGUGUCAGAAGCUGAUGAAGGACCUUCACAAAUACCACAAGAACUAUUACCCCGUCCUGAGGUGUCUCCACACCCUGGCCUCGACGUUACCUCGGUAUCCUCUUGGAAAACAGAUCAGGGAGCUCCAUUUAAUUUGCCUCGAGAAGAACGUUUGGGAGAAUGAGGAUUACCAGUCAGCCAUGAAGCUUCUGAAGAUGCUGGCGAAAGAUGAGCUGAUCACUCUGCUCCAGAGGUGUGCAGAGAAUCUACAGACGGUCAAGUCAAAGAAGAUGAAUGCCGCUUUUGUCCAGCUGGAGGAGCUCCUCGCCAAGUUUAAGCAGCUGGAUACAGCAGCAGCAGCUGUGGAAACUGUCCCCACAGUUGUGGAGAGCAUCACCUCUCCAGUGAAGAACCUUCAAAAGAAAACCGAUCUCUUCCAGCUGCAGAAGACGCUGCUGGAGAUGAACGAGUCACUGAGAUCCAAGAAACGGAGUCCGUUUGAGGUCCUGCGAAACGAGGCGCUGGAGUUUAUCGACGCAUUAGUGAGGAGCCACUUGUCUCCCCCGGAGUCUCAGACACUGAACGAAGUCUGCUACUUCAGCUCGUCUGCCACUGUGAGGCGCCACCUCAACGCUACGCCUCGUACCUCCAUUCAAGCCGCUCUCAGCAGUCCCUACUAUUAUAUUCAGAAUGACAACCUGAAGACGGAGGACGGGUCCGUCUCAAGCGCUGCUCCUGACAUCUGCAUCGCGUACAAGCUCCACCUGGAGUGCGGCAGGCUGAUCAACCUGUAUGACUGGCUGGAGGCCUACGCCACCGUGGUUUCUGCCGCUGAGGGCAAAGAUCAAGAGUCCGAUGAGUUCGGGAAAGUGGACGAAGUCAAACACGCUCGUUUCAUUCGAGCCGUGUCUGAGCUGGAGUUCCUGGGCUUCAUCAAGUCGACCAAGCAGAAAACGGACCACGUGGCUCGGCUCACCUGGGGCGGCUGCUGACAGAAACCAAUGUGUUUGUCGGCGAGAAUGAAGAGAGGGCGCCAGGUGACCCGGGAAUAUAAUCUGCAGUGGUGACUGUUAAAG